CCCCCCCCCGGCAUAUACCAAAAUCACGCCCCCCUCUAAACGCCAAUACGCUCGCCUGGUAAUUCCCCAAAACGUCAACCCUCGGGGCGAGGUUUUUGCAUGAGAGAGAUGAAGGAGGGCGUGCAAUCCGACGAGAAAGGUAGGGAUUCGGGCUUUUCUUCAAGGAAACCAAAAGUUAUAGAAACGAAAAAGGAGAAGAAGAGAAGGUUGAUACUCAGCAGCAGUGAUGAUGAUGAUGAUGAUUCUUCAUCAAACCACGGCAAGGUUGCCAAUCAAAAUGGCAAUUGUGAGGAAAUUGCUGCAGUCGACCACAAGAGAAGAAGGAUGACGGAUCCUCCUUUUCAAGUCAAGAAGAAGAAGAAUAAGACGAAAGAUUCUGUAAUCCUCAAAACAGAAACCCUACGCUUGAACAAGAAGAAGCCUAGUGAUGUUUCUGAUCCCCAUGUUUAUAGGGAAGAUGAUGAAAUAGACACAAAAAUAACGGAGAUGAACACAAGUCGGGGGGAAGAUGCCAACAUCAAUAGGAGGAUGAGGUUAAACAAGGAGUUGUUGUUUAAGUGUAGCGAAGAAAAAAAUAAUGUUUCUGACCCGUUUGCAUAUAGGGAUGAUGACGACGCCGCCACCCAGUUUGUAGAUAGAAAGAGAGUUUUGGGUGUUCAAACUGAGAAAAGGAUAAAAUCUACCUUUGGAUUCAAGGGAGAUGCCGAGACCAACAGGAAAAAGCUGAAGAUAAAAGAAGAAAAGUCAUCUGAUAUUUCUAGAGGGUCUUGGGAUCUGGGUUCCAAGCUUCUGGGCCCCACUUGUAGGCGGAGGGAUGGUAAAAUGGAUUGCAGCAGAAGCAGCAUGGUUGAUAAGAGAACACCACCCUCUAAUUUGCCCAGGGAUGGUAGUGUCUUGGCAGUUGAAAGGAAGAGGAGAAGCAUUGGUUUUGACAGGAAGAGAUUUAGGCUGGAAAAGGAUGAAAAUUUUCGGUCAGUUGGUGUCUCAAGAGACAAGGACGGCAAGAGUGGCGUUUUGAAGUCGCUGCCGAGUAAUAAUAAGAUGAAGGUAGAUGGGUUUGAAAAAAGAGAUGGUCAGAGGAGGAUAGCUGAAGAUUGUAGAAAGGACUGUGGGUCUGCCAAUGCUCCUCCUUGCCAGGAAGCAUCGUUUUCUGGAGAGGAUAAGAUCCAUGAAGAAACAGGUUCCUCUGUUGUAACAGAGAAGAAGAAUUGUGCGAAGCAGCAAUUACUGAAGAAUAGAGUAGAUGGUGCCAAAAACAAGGGCAGUGAUAGAAUACUGAGGAUGGGGUUGAAGAAGAAGGCAGAGGACGUGAGUAAAGAAGAGAAAAGAUGGGUGGUAGUGGAGCGGAAGGAAAGAGGACAGAAGAGAGGUCGUGCAGAAGAAAAGCAAUUACUGCGCGAGAGGAUAAAGAGUAUGCUCGUCAGUGCUGGUUGGACAAUUGAUUCUAGGCAGAGGAGCAACAGAGAUUAUAAGGAUUUGGUCUACAUUGCUCCUGCAGGAAGGGAAUACUGGUCAAUUCUCAAUGCAUAUUAUGCACUUCAAAAGCAAUUAAACUGCGAAGGUGGCAAGGAUGGAGCUGGUGGUCAGAAGAAACUCAAUGGGACGAAAUCUCUGCUUCCUGUGAUACCAGUGGAGGUCCUCAGCAUACUGCAGCGGAAUACAGUCAAGAAGGCUGAAAAACAGCAGCAGCAAAAGAAGAAGAAGAAGAAGAAGAAGAAGCAGCAGCUCAAAGGUGACAAAGCAAGUGUGAGCACAAAGGAAGCCACCAAGAAAGAUAAAUGCAUUAAAGAGACCACCAUCGGUGGCCGUAUGAAGAAAGAUAAACCCAAUUCUCGUGUUGCACAAGAGGGCAAGUCACUCAAGGGAAGAAUCAAGGAAAAUGGUUUAGAAAAGAAGGGCUUUGUCAGAAAUGUUAUUGGUCGUAGAAAUGGGGAAACUUUGCUUAACAAACAAGGUAAUUCAGCAGGCUCCAGACUCAAGGAAACACUAGAGUCAGUUAGGACUCGGAAGCCUUCCUGUAAAUCCAAUGAUACUCAUUCGCUGCAAGAAUCAAAGCAUGAAAGGCAGAGAGGAUGUACUUUGUUGGUUCGCAGCUCUAGUGAAGGAGCGAGUGCAGACAAUGGCAAUUUUGUUGCAUAUGCUGGAAAACGGACUGUUCUCUCCUGGCUGAUAGAUUCAGGAACCGUGCCCGAGAAUGUGAAGGUGCAGUAUAUGAACAAGAGACGCACUAGGGCAAUGCUAAAGGGAUUCAUCACGAGCGACGGCAUUCAUUGCAGUUGUUGUAGUAAAAUCCUCACAGUUUCAAAGUUUGAGAUUCAUGCUGGGAGCAAACUUUGUCAGCCGUUCCAAAACAUAUAUGUUGAGUCAGGGAUUUCUCUUCUCCAGUGCCAGUUAGAUGCGUGGAAUAAACAGGAAGAAUCUGAACGACGUGGGUUCCAUUUCAUUGACCUUAGCGGUGACGAUCCAAAUGAUGACACUUGUGGCAUUUGUGGAGAUGGUGGGGACUUGAUUUGCUGUGAUGGCUGUCCUUCGACAUUCCAUCUACGCUGCUUAAAUAUACAGAUGCUUCCUCCAGGUGAUUGGCAUUGUCCAAAAUGUUCAUGUAGAUUUUGUGGGGCUGUCUGCAGCAGUUCUCAAGGUGAUAGCUCCCGGCUGUUCUCAUGCAGUCAGUGUGAGGAAAAAUAUCACCAAGGGUGCAUUCGGGAAACAGAUGUUAUACCUGUUGAGCCCAAUAGUCCGUGUCUGCCUUUCUGUGAGCUGAGUUGCGAAAAGCUCUUCAAGCAUCUGCAGAAACUUCUUGGGGUGAAAAAUGAAUUGGAAGCAGGAUUUUCAUGGACUCUUCUUCGCCGUUUUGAUGAAGGCUCAGAUGCAUCUCCCUGUAGACUAGCUCAAAGGGUUGAGUGCAAUUCCAAGCUUGCUGUUGCCUUGGCUGUUAUGGAUGAGUGUUUUUUCCCUAUUAUUGACCAGAGGAGUGGUUUCAAUAUGAUACGAAAUGUUCUUUACAAUUGUGGAUCAAACUUUAAUCGGCUGAGUUAUAGUGGUUUCUAUACUGCCAUUUUGGAGAAGGGCGAUGAAAUUAUUUCGGCAGCUUCCAUCAGGAUCCAUGGAACCAGGCUUGCAGAGAUGCCGUUCAUUGGGACGCGUCAUAUGUAUAGGCGUCAAGGGAUGUGCCGUCGACUUCUCAAUGCAAUAGAAUCGGCACUCUGCUCCCUCAAUGUUGAGAAACUGAUCAUACCAGCUAUUUCAGAACUCAUGCAUACAUGGACUACAGUUUUUGACUUUAAGCCUCUCAAGGAAUCACACAGGCAAGAAUUGAGGUCUAUGAAUCUGGUGGUAUUCCCAAGUACGGAUAUGUUACAGAAAGCUUUGCUAAAGCAUGAUUUCACCAAAGGAAAUACGACUGCUAGUGCAGCUGUGGAGACCAUUCAACUAAAAAACAAUAAUCGUGAUGCACCUGAGGUGGCAAGUGUGGCUUCUUUUACAGGGCUUGACGUUCAUGCUUGUGAUGGUGAUAUUCCCAAUCAGUUGAAUGAUCUAGAAGACAGAGCUGCUGCUGUUGACGCACCUAGUCUUCGUGCUUGUCAUGAUUCCCCAGUUAAUACUCAUGAAGCUCCUGAAUCUAAUCUUCAAGCUGAUGGAACUGUAUGCUCUACAUCCAAGCCACAGGAAAAGUCUCCAGAGUCUGCUCCUGAUGUGGCUUUUCUCCUUCAGACUGAUGAUGUUUAUCAUGGUAGCCCUGAUGGGGAAAAUCAAUCUCUCGUCUCUGGUAAGAGCAUGGUACAUGAUACUGAUGAGGGAAAAGUUGAAGAUGCUGCCUUGCCUAAUGGCUAUGGUUUAGGUGAAGGAUCUUGGCACACCACUGCUGAAAUUGUCACUUGCUCCCUGGAUGAUGCUUCUGAGAACUUUCAAGCUUCUGGUGAGAGAGCCUUGCAUCAUAAAAUUAGUCCACAUACUACUCAAUUCCAGGAUGCUGCUCCUGCAUAUAAAUUUCAAGCUUCUGGUGAGAGAGCCGUGCAUCAUAAAAUUAGUCCAGAUACUACUCAAUUCCUCGAUGCUGCUUCUGCAUAUAAAUUUCAAGCUUCUGGUGAGAUUUUGCAAGAUCAGCUCGAGUUGGUGCAAAAGGUCUCUGAGGCUGCUUCUGCUUCU